UAAAAAAUAAAAAAAGGAAAGAAAAAUCUAAAUUACUAUGGAAAAAUCCGAUGAAAUGAAUACAAUAAACGAAACAAUUACCAUAAACGUUAAUAACGAUAAUGAAAAUAUUGAAAAUAAAAAUAACGAUGACAACAAAUUGUCGAUAAAUAAAAUUGAUAAUAAUUCGUGCGAAUUGAAACAAAUGAAUUCGGAUAUUAAUGUAAAAGAUGAUGAUAACAAAGAUGUGGAUGAUAAACAAAAAUUAACAAUAUCGAAAAAUUGUUGUCAAAUGAAUUCGUGCAUGGAUGAAUGUAAAAUGUUAAUAAACAACGACGAUGAAAAUUGUUCGAAUUCGUCUAAAGAAUCAAAGGAAGAAUUUAACGAUGAUAAUAAAAAUAAAUCAAUCAACGUAGAUAAUCAAGAUGAAACAAAUGUAUCUAAAGUAUGUUGCAAUUUAGAUCAAAAUAAUCCGGAAAAUUUCAACAAAUCUUGUCAAAAUACCAAAUCGAAAGAAACAACAACAACAACAACAACUGUUACAUCGUGUACGAAACAAAAACGUAAAUCAAGGUCAACGAGAAAAAGAUUAAAUGCAAUGAUAAGUAACGCAUCAAUGCACUUUUCUGACACCGAUUCGGAAGGUGAAUUGGUUAUUAUGGAAGCUUAUGGUCGUCCACAUGGUAGUCCUGUUAAAUUAGGUCAAGGUCCAAUGAUUUCAGUAACCAUGGAUGAUAUAGAAAAUAAUGACAAAUCUAAUUUGAAUCCUCAACAUUUGAUGACGAUAUCUUCGACACCUGUUUUCAAUAGAUCCAGAUGUGGUAGUUACGUUGAAAAUUUAACUGACGUUGAUGAGAUUUAUAGCAGUGACCUUGACAAUGAAACCCAACAACAAAAUCAAUUGAUGGAAGGUGAUAGAAAAAGUUUGAAAAUAAAUGAAAUUAAUUGUCAAAUUGAAACUGACGUUGAAGAUUUGUCAAAUGAUGAAAUUGAUCAGACAAUUAUUUAUUUGACACCAAGAACCGAUAUUUUAUGCGAAUUUAGUGGUGAAACUAUUACAACCAAGGAAGGUGAUGGACCAUUUUCCAUUGAGACACGUAAUCGAAUCUUCAAGGAAUCCAAAAUUAAUGAAAAUCCUAAUUCGUUUGAUACCAUUACGAUAUUACCAAGUACUGAUAGCGAAGAUAUUGAAAUGUCUGAUGAUAAUGAUAAUAAUGAUGAUAAUAAUAUACAAAAAGCUUCUACCAGUCAACGUGUUUUAUAUGAUGAUUUGGAUGUUUUAACAGCUAGUCAAAUCGUUAUGACUAACGUUAAUAAAACUGAUAACAUGCUUAGUAUUAAAGAUACUAAUCAGGAUGAUUUAAAUAUCGGUGAUUGUCAUACCGAUGUUGAAGAUGUUGAUUGAAUUUUAUCUAUUUCAUUUAUAAUAUAAUCAUUGUAUUUAUAAAUAUGGGAAAAACAUAAGCAAUAAUGUGGAUACAUAUAUAUAUAUACAUAUAUGUUACCGUCAUAGCCGAAAAUCCGCCAUUGCUGGUAAUUCCAUGGCAUUCUUAUCAAUGCAAAGAGCCUUCCGAUGAAGUCGGAAACAGAAGAAUUCUUACCAAAAGUGAUUUCAAUGAAACUUAUAUUAAAUUAAAGUACAUUCUUUUGUCUACGCGUAGAAUAUCAUAUCGAGUUAUAAAYUUAGCAUGUUAACUUCAAAUAAUGUCCGAGAAUGCAGUGCUGUAGAUUGUGCAUCUUUGCAAUUUUUUUGAAAAGUUCAGAUAAAUAUUUUUAAUACUUUUAGCAAACGAAUUUUAAUGAU